AUGUUCGACGUUCGCGAGGAGAAAGUGCAUGUGGAGCUGCUUUCGAAAGCGCCUGUGAAGCGCAUCAGCGAAACGCAUCGAUUUGGCCUCCUGGUACUUGGUCUUUUCGGCAUGAUUUGCGGAUCUUUUGGCAGCUACACCUUUAACCUCGUCUCCGGCUCUCUCCAGGAACGAUAUUCUCUCACACAACGUGAUUUGAGCACCAUCACGACAGCCGGCACAGUGAUUGGGAAUGUGAUGCUUCCGUACUCUUUUCUGUACGAUUACAUCGGCCCGCUCCCCAUUGCUGUUCUUUCUUCCUUUGUCUUUCCUCUCGGAGCUCUCCUUAUUGCUCUGUGCUUUCAGGGCGUCAUUGUCGGCAACUUGGUGCAGCUGUGUGUGUUUUAUUCACUCAUGAACGUGGGUACCUCAUUCUUUGACCUCUCCAGCUGCAUAACAAUUCUGAGUUAUUUCCCCACAAACAGAGGUCCUGUUAUCGCGCUUCUCAAGACCUUUAUCGGCCUUGGCUCCGCUAUUGUGGGAAGCAUGUUCCAGGGAUUCUUCGGCGGCGCGGUGCAGUACUUCUUCUACUUCUUGAUGCUCUUCGCAAUGAUCGUCGGUGUACUCGGUAUCAUCUUUCUGCGUCUUCCAGCGUACCACCUCACAGGUUACGAGGAGUCGCACCUCUCGACGACGGAAAAGGAGCAGCGACUGGCAUCCAAGGCGCAGUUCCUGAAACAGAAGCCGCCAAUGUGGCGCUUCUACUACGGCUUUGUACUGAUGAUGGUGCUCAUUGUUUUUUUGCCGCUCACGACGGCCCUUGUGGACUACCUGGACCUCGGGCGAAAGGAGAAGCUGACGUUCGCGACCAUCACAACCAUCUUUGCCACAGGCUUCUUUGUGAUCGCCAUUCCUCCCGAGCUGUUUCAGUGCGCUCGUCGAGCCUCACCCGCUGAUGAGGAUGUUGGGACUCUCAACAAGGCGGAGAAGAUACCAUACAGCAACUCCACUGAUGCCGACAAGCCACUUCCUUUCCCCAGCCCGGCAGUCAUGGAAGAGGAUGUGGACACAGAGAUCGACUACAUCGCGCCGCAGUACCAAACAUCCUUUGUAAAGAAUCUCUUCUCCAUCCAUCUGUGGGCACUCUGGUGGACUUGCUUCUGCAUUGUCGGUGCCGAAGAUGUGAUCAUUAACAACUCCAGCUACAUCUUUGGCGCCUUGGCCGGCGAAAAGACCUCUACAUCCACCCGCACUCUUCUCACCGUUCUUAACGGUGUCGGCAGUGCUACGGGUCGGCUGCUUAUGUCGUACUUUGAGGCAUGGUCGCAGAAGCGUCCGGCGGAGAAACGGAUUCCGCUGACAAUUUCACUGUUCAUUCCGACCACGUCUAUAAUCGUUACCAUCGUGCUGUUUCUCACGCUACCGAAGCAGGCACUCCCGCUACCGUACGUUAUCGCGGCCAUCGGCAACGGUUUCCUUGCCGCCACCACGAUUCUUAUCACGCGCACCAUCUAUGCCCGGGACCCUGCGAAGCACUACCACUUCUGCUUCCUCGCUGCCGCCUUCUCGUCCAUCGCCCUUAACCGCUUCCUCUACGGCGAGUGGUAUACGGUGCAGUCAGAGAAACUGGGUAACUCUCUUCUCUGCACAAGCCGAAAGUGCGUUGAGAUGCCGCUGAUCGUACUGCUCGGUCUGUCGUGCACCGCUUUUGUGUCGAACAUCGUGGUCCACCUCACGUAUCGCCGCUACAGCGAGCGUGUUCUCGCUGAGAGCCGCCGCCUCCGUGAGGAGAACUCCCCGAACACUGAUUCGCUUCACGAGGGCGCACCGUAG